GUUACGGCACUAACGGUAUAUUCUAUCGUCACUAAAAAUGUUGUGAAUUUUAUCGCAAACUGACUUCGAUUAGAAUAGUAUAAUAAAUGAAUAGUUUCGUUUUAUUUAUUCAGGUUGUUAAAAAAUCAUCUCCUGAUGAAGCUGUUGGCGUUAUAUGUAAAGUAAAAAAUCGUUUUCAAGUUGUUGAAUACAGUGAAAUAUCCAGUGAUACUGCUCGACGCUGUAAACCGGAUGGUGAAUUAUUAUUUAAUGCUGGAAAUAUAUGUAAUCAUUUUUUUUCCGUUAAUUUUCUUCAAGCUGUUUGCGAAGAUAAUGAGAAUGAAUUACGUUAUCAUGUGGCAAAGAAAAAAAUUCCAUGUUUAGGAGAAAACGGAGUAAAAAUUGAAUCACACAAAGAACCCAACGGAAUUAAAUUAGAAAAAUUCGUAUUUGAUGUGUUUCCAUUUUCAAAAACAUUUGCUGUGUGGGAAGUGAAACGUGAAGAAGAAUUUUCUCCACUGAAAACUAGCGAAGGUUCAAAAGACACUCCAGCAACAUGUAGAAGAGAUUUAAUGGCACAACAUUCACGAUGGUUAAAACAAGCGGGUGUUGAAGUACCAUAUACAAAUAAGUAG